CCCUGUUUCAGAGCAAUACGUUAUGUUAAUGCGUAAGUUGAUCGCAGCGAACUUAGGCAGUCCCUACCACGUUACCGAUUCUUUCGUCCCUGGUUACUGGGACUCCAUUGAAAACUUUGUUAGAAGCUUUCCGGACUAUUUUUAAGACCACACUGAUAAAAUGUUCGAUGCGCUGCUGGUUUUAUAAGGCGCAUAGAAGAAAUGGAUUUCGUGCAAGGCGGAGCGUAUGGGAGCGGCAGUUCCUUCAGCGUCUCUGACCGCUUUCAACCGUGUCAAUCGCACACAUGUGACCUGUGCGAGUGAAGCUUGUCUCUCGCCUUGUCUUUGACCUUGCACCAUGGACUGGAAAAUCGCACGUGAGCAGCUUCUCGCCGAGCUGCAAGCAGAAAAGGAGGGGCGACAAACCUCGUCUUCAGGCGUAGCCUCACAGAGCACAGGCGGGCUACCACCAGCAGCACGAAGUUCCCAAUCCGGCGAUGGCAGACAGAGCGACGCCGCAGCGCCGGCCAAUAAAUCCCCAAAGCGCUCCACGAAAGGCGGACAGGCUGCCAGCACCGGCACCAGCACGCCACAAGAGCAGAGUCAGCCAUUGGGCGCGGGUCCCUCCCGCUCUUCCCCCUCCUCCCGGCCCCCGCGUCCCGCCGCUGCAGGUGUCCCCGUCGGAGUCGCAGUCGCGCAGCAGCAGCUGGAGCAGCUCCUGCGGGAGCUCCCGGAGGGCGGCCCCAGCCGCGAUCCACGCAGCACCAACGCCAGCAGCAGUGGCAGCGGCAUGUACUCCCCGCUGCCGCACGCGCAGCGACACGGCUCCGCCACAGGCAUGGCUGCGCUGGGGCCGCUGCAACCCCAGCAGCCCGGCGCCUCGCCUCCUCGCGCCCCAGUCGUCGUCAUGGGCCAGGACAGCACCGCCUCUUUGGACGCGCUGGCGGCGCUGCUGGACUCCGCCAGCACCAUGCGGGGGCAGACGGGGACCGGCACCGGCACCGGCGGGCACACCGGUACCGGCAGCGGCAGCGAGCCGCAGCUGCAGCCCAGGCGCAGCCGCAUGGGCGCGCAGCCGUCGUCCUCGUCGUCACAUGCGGCGGCAGGGGGCGGGCUGGAGGUGAUGACGUUGCGUGGGGAGACCUCGCCGCCGCUGUCAUGGUCGCAGCAGCAGCAGGGGCUGGGGCUGGGACCUGGGCCGCAGCCGUCGCCGAGGAGUAAGCGGGCAUCUAGGAGUGGUGCGCCGCCGGUGGGGGACGGCCGGGGCGACGGCUGGACGGCCUCGGGUGAGGGUCACAUCGUGGGGGUGCGCCCCCGCCAGCCGCGACCCUCCCUCACGGACGGCUACCCGUCCUCCCAGGACCUGCCCCUGCCCCCGCCGCUAGGCCUGCCCCCGCCGCUGCGCUCAGCCAUGAAGCGCUCCUCCGCGACGGGGGAUGGCGUCGUGCUGGGGCGGAGCGCAAGGGUUUCCAACACCGGCGGGACAAUGUCCUUCCUCACGGAUCCAGCGACGGGCAGCAGCGCCGCACAGCCCCUCAAAUCAGCGCUUAAGAUGUCGGGCGCUGCCAGUGGCAGCGACGCACCCUCCACGGCGUCAGCGGCAGCCGUGGCCUCCCGAACCGCCUCUCGACACACGCUGCAUAGCUCCUCACGGGAUCCGCCGGCGCAGCAGCAGCGGCAGUAUCAACCCAGCCAGCAGCUGCUAUCCACCCCGCCCGCCUCGCCGCCGGAGCCGCAGCCCCGGGCAUCGCCAUCCGGCACGCCGCCGACGCCGACGCCACCAACCGCUCUUCGGCUCUCCGAUAACGGACUGGCUGCUGCAACGGCGGCCAGUCCCCCGCAUGCGAGUCUCCUCCACACCGUCUCUGCAUCCCCGCGCCCCUCGCCGCACUCACCUUGCGUCGACAACACUACCCAGCAGCAAAAUACCUCCAUACCCGGCUCGCCACCGGAUGCGCUGCCUGCUCCGCGCAGCCCCGUGCCGCUGACGGCGGCGGCGCUGGCGCUGCACACCGUACGACUCAACGGAGGUGAUGCAUGGGAGGAGACGGCGGCGGCGGCGGCGGAGGCUGGCGGCACGAUGUCCGCGCCGCAAGUAGAGGACGCCCCGGGCGGAAUGCCCAGCUUUUCCAACGAUGCAGCAGUGCUCGCGCCCGUGGCGGGGUCGCCCGCUUCGCCAGGGGCACGGCGGUCGCACACGGCUAUCGACGGCGGCGCUGGCGGUGGUGCCGCGGGCGGGAGGUAUCGGCCUUCUGUGGACAUUGACGGUGGCCGCGGCAGCGGAGGUACCCGGCGGCGGCGCCCGUCCUCCGGCAGCGGAGGUGAGGGCGCGGCCGGCGCCGCCGGCGGCCGCUGGUCCUCCUCGCAUCACCCCAUUGGCAGUGUCCGAAGCUCCGACACCGGCGACGGGGUGCGUAUAGUAGCCAAUCGCCGGAGCAACGCCCGGCGAUCCAGCCAGCUCUCAGAUUACGGCGGCGGCGCGCACACCACAGCAACAGUGUCUGCAGUAGCGGCUGCUGCUGCAUCGGCUGGGGUAGAACGAGCGCCGGUGAGCCUCAUUGCUGGUGACGGCAGCGUAGGCGCCGGGGGAUCGUCGCCGCCGGCAUCCGGUGUGGUGUCAUCGGCCACGACGGCGGGUGGUACGCUUCAGUCCCAGCUGCAAAACCUACGGCAGGAGUACGAGCACAUGUACCCGCCGUCGCCGGGAUCCUCCUCGCCCAAGCAGGGCUACGAGCCCACCGGCUUGGCGUCGCCACCGCUGCCGGGUGCGCCCGCCCCAGAGCCGCCGCCACCGCCAUCGGCGUCCACAUCCCGGCCGGUAACACCGACGACCAGCACACGGACUUCCGCAAUCGCCUCGGCUGCUACUGCUACUGCUGCUGCAAAUGCGUCAAGUCCAGAGCAAGCGCACGGUUCACAUCAUCGCGUCCAUCAGCACCGUCACAGACAGUCACCGCCGCAACAACAGCAGCAGCAGCCGUCCCAGGCGUCGCAGCGGCCAAGCAGCCGGGAGGCCACGGGAGAUGCCGUGGAGGCGCUGCCUAGCCCUACCUCCUCCGUCUCUUCCGUGGUUGACAUGUUUCCUGAGGAGACGGCGGCGGCAGCAGCAGCAGCGGCGGGCACAGUGGCAGCAGUCGCGCCGCCGAGCCGGCGGUCUAGCGCGGGUCCCGCGGGUUCGGGCUCGGAGGAUGCUGGGGAGGGCAGCGGGCCACAGCAUGCGUGGGGAGGCGUGACGAUGGCGGCGAUUCCGGAACACGACACCGACGCGGAUUACCUGGACGGGGACAUGGACUUGCAGCCCACGCGCUUCUCGAUAGAGCUGUCGACACCACAGCCGCCGCUGCCGCUGCCAUUGUUGCCAACGGAGGAGUGGAGUUUGCAGCAGUCGUCAGCGGAGGCAUCGUCGCCGCGUGACAUGUUGCGAGCACCGCCGACAACACCCGCGGGAGUUCCCGUGGCGGAGGGGUCGACGGCUGACCUGGAGGAUGACGACGAGGCGGAGGAGGACGACGAGGACGGCCGUGUCAGGAGGGAGGCCAGGGGUGCUUACGGCGCCAACGAGGACGACGACAAUGAUGAUGCUGAUGAUGGUGCUGGGAGGCCUCGUGGCAGCGAAGCCACCCAUGAUGCAGAAGAUGAUGACAGCGUGGUUAGCCGUGUCCAUGCAGCUGCUGCCGCCGCCCCUCCACCUCCUCCUCAUGGUUCCGCGGUUAAGCAGCGGCCGCACUUUGGUGUGCGGAUCGCUGCUGCCAGCAGCGCUUCCCAAGGCCGCUACUCCACUGCCGCGGCUGCUGUCAGCGCGGAUGAGGACGAGGAGGACGUCCAUGAUGACGAUGGCGAGAGCGAUGAUGGUGAUAUUGACGACGAGCCGAUCGGCGGCGGCAGGCAGGCGUCCCGUUGGUCCCAUCUGUCACAGCAGGUGCCGACGCAGGGGUCCGGGGGCGGUGCAAGUCAUCGUGGUACGGAAACCCGGAGCUCGGGAACAAGAGGGGUGGGCUUUGCGGCUGGCGUUGCGGAUGGGGACGAUGAGGAGGACUCUUCACCGCCGCAUUACACACCGCCACCACCGCCGCCGCCUUCGGCUACAACAUCGGGGGUGCGGUUUCCUGCAGAACUGCAUGAGGCAUCGGAAACGACGUCACCACCGCCGCCACCUGCAGAACCACGACGAGCGGUGGUCGUGAUUGCGGAGCCGACUGGGGUGUCGGAGGCGGGGCCGUCUUCGCGCGAUCGCACGGUAAGCAUUGGAAGCACAGUGACGGCACAACGCCGGCGUGCUACCUUUGCUGACGUGCAGGACAAUGGCGAUGAGAAGGCGGAGGAGGAUCCGGAGGCGCAUCGGCGCGUGUACAACCCGCCGAAACGCAGUGUGUACGUGCCAGGCCGCCGCGGCGGCGGUGGUGGUGGUGGCGGCAGUGGCAUCAUCGACGAUGAUGAUGACAGUCGUGCACAGGACAGCGACGACGACGCGAUUCCCGACGACCGCCGUCGUACAAUUACCGCUCGUCCGUACUCUGCUGUACGUCCGUAUUCUGCAGCUCGUCCGUACUCCGCUGUAAGCCGACGUCAUGGGACAACCGGCGGCGGCGGCGGCGGGGGCGGCGGGGGCAACCGACGGCGUCGAACACACCACGGAUCCGAUGACGAUGAGGAUGAAGAUGAGGACGAGGAAGCCGCGGAGGCGCCACUUCGCACGCAGCGCAGCGGCCUCCCUCGGAACGCCUCCCUUUCCUCCCGCGCGGCAUCCAGGAUUAUGACGUCCAUACGUCCCGAGGAGGAAGAGGAGGAAGACGCGGGCACGGUGAAGCAGCUCCAACGAGCCACGGCUGUGGUGGGUAACGCGCAGGGCGGACGCAAGGUGGUUAUGGAUGUGAUGGUUGUACGGCCAGCGGUGCGCCGUCCACUACAUGGGGAGCAUCGCGGUACAACGGUUAGUGGUGUGGUGGAGGACGAGGAUGAGGAGGAGGAGGAGUACGGGCACCGAUCCAGGGCCCGACCAACCACAGCCAGGGCCCGGCCGACCACCGCACGACCAACCACCGCCCGUCCCACCACCGCCCGCCCCACAACCGCUCGUCCAACCACCGCUCGUCCAACCACCGCUCGACCCACCACAUCCCGCCCAACCACCGCCGCUCCCAACCGGCCCUCGCGCCCCACAACCGCCGCCCCCAACCGGCCCCCGCGCCCCACCACCGCCGCCCCCAACCGGCCCUCGCGCCCCACCACCGCCGCCCCCAGCCGCGGCGCACUGCGACCCACCACCGCCAAGCCCCGGCCUACCACAGCAGCGCGCAACCGCCCCACCACCGCCGCCCCCUCACGCCCUACCACCGCCUCCCGACGCCAGGCGUCCGACCACCAUUCCUCCUCCCACUCACACCACCAGCCGCCCCGCCGCCGCGCCGCCGACGAUGAGGACGAGGACGAGCUCACAGGUACCCGGUUCGAGCCCAGCGAUCGCACCGAAUACGUUGCUGGCGGCGCGCCGGAGCCCCGGUCGGCGGAGGGUCGCAGCAAAACAGCCACGGGCAUCUUGCCUGCUAGCGGAGGUGCCGGCGGCGGCGGCAGCGGCGGCGUAUCUUUUCGCGCCGCGGCAUCACAGAUGAUGUCCAAGCUGCUGACGCCAGGCGCUGGCGGCGCCGAUGCGGAUAACGCUGACGGCGACGCCGACGACGGCGACGGACGUGUACGUCGUUCGAGCGGUUCCUUCACUCGCGCCGCUACCACGGGGCUUGCGGGUCCCCGCGUGCGGAUCUCCACCGCGGAAACCCGCCCCGCCUCCGCCUCCCACGGCGGCCGUCGAGACAGCGUUGAAACCGACGCCGGCCCCUCCGCCCCCAGUCGUGUCAGUCUGGCGGGCGUGCUGCGAUCCAGCCUCGCCGCCGCCGCGGGCCGGGCCGCCGCCGCCGGCGUUCGCACCAGCAGCACCGGCGACGGCGUUGAAGAUACGGCGGAUGCCAGCAACGAAGCCGACGCCGACGGAGUCGCCGUCGGUCGCAAGGCUGACGUCGACGCCGCGGCGGGAGACCAGCAGGCGACGGAGGCGGCGGCGAAGGACGCCGCCGCCGCUGCGGCCGGCGGCUCCGCCGCCGGCGGCCGCGGUCCGACCAUCACCAUGGUUCGUGAGGCUCAGCUGCAGUUGGAGCGGCAGAGGGCGGUUGCGGGCGGUGCGGAGGAUGCGGAUGCGCAUGGCAUGCGGCGUCGAGAUGCGGGGGCGGACAGCUACAUGCUGCGGAUUUUCGGGAGUGCCUACACCAAAGUGGCCGGCACUGGGGACGAGGGUGUGGGAGGAGCCAUGCAGGUCUGGCUGCACCCCUACUCCAACAUGCGCAUGCGGCUGGACAUGUUGUGGGUGGGGGUGGCGGUGCUGGUGGCCACCUGCAUGCCCCUCCAAGUCGCCUUCAAUACCCCCAACACCGCCCUCAUGUACGUCGCGCUCAGCCUCGCAUGCAGCAUCGCAUGGACCGCCCACGUCGUAUCCAACUUCCUCACCGGCUACGACGAGGAUGGGGUCAUCGUGAUGGAUGCCGUAAAAGUACGGAACCGCUACUGCCGUACAUUUCUCGUACUAGACAUCGCGGGGGCGCUGCCGUACAUUCUCAUUCCGGUACUGGCGUGCGGCACGGCACGUGCGGGUUUGGUGGACAACGGUGUGGCUGAGGGGCAUUGCAGCGUGCGGAGCGGGCUGAUGCUGCGGCUUUGGUCGCUGCUGGGGCUUGCAACCCUGCCGCGGCUCUUCCACUACCUUAACAAGUGGCAGGACACCUGGGAUGUUGACAUCCACAUGAUGCGACUGGUGAAGCUGUUCGGACUGGCCAUGAUCUUCACACACCUCUUCGCGUGCAUGAGCUUCUUCGUGCAGAUGAUCGAGGAGUUCCCGCAGGACGGCUGGGUGGCGCUGGGCGGGCUGGACGGCAAGGGCGCCUGGAUCACCUACAACUUCGCACUGCUGAGGGCGCUGCAGGUCGUGAUGGGCAGCAACGUCGACUCCGUCAGCUCCAACAGCAGCGUGGAGGUGGUGUUCACCAUCUGCUCCUACAUAGUCGGAGUGGUGUUCUACACAAUCCUGGUGGGUAUCAUGUCCUCCAUCGUGCUCUCGCUCAACCGCUCCGGCCAGAUGUACGUGGAGAAGCUGCAGAUCUGGCGCGACUACUGCCACUACCGGCGGCUGCCCGGCGAGCUGCGGCGGCGUGUGAUGGCCUACAUCAACACCGCGCACUCCAACAAGCGGGUGCUGGACGACUCAACCAUGCUCAUGGAGCUGUCCCCCGGCCUGCGCACCGACAUCAACCUGCAGCUGUGCGCCGAGCUGGUGGCCACCGUGCCCGUGUUCCUGGAGUGCUCGCCCAUAGUGGUGCGCGCCAUGGUGGCGAAGCUGCAGCGGGAGACGCACGUUGCGGGCGACUUUGUGUUCCGGGUGGGGGACAUCGCGGACGCGGUGUACUUCAUUCUGAAGGGCACCGUGUCCAUCAGCGAUGAGACCGGGGCGCUGCUCACACGGCUGGCGCAGGGCUCCCACUUCGGCGAGUUCGGCAUCCUGGCCUACCUAGAUGGCCAACUGGGGGUGCGCACCGCCGCCGCGCGCGCCGACGAGUGCGUGGAGCUGUACAAGCUGCACUGCGAGGACUUUGCGGCGCUGGCGGACUACUACCCGGAGCUGGUGGACUUCUUCAGGGACGUGGCGGUGGUCCGAUCCGCCUACAAUGCCACGCUUCGUGCCAACCGCGAGAUGGAGGAAUGGUCGGGAUCUGGAUCCUGCGAGGAGUACGACGACGAAUACGACGAGGACGAGUACGACGAGUACGGAGAUGGGGACGAAUACACAGAUGAAGACACGGCGUCGCGAGCGGGCAGCAGCCACGCCAGCACGCUGUUCAGCAGCAGCAGCGGGGACGAUGAUGACUAUGAGGAUUUACUGGAUGUGGAUAUCGGGGAUGCGGCGACGGCAACGGCGGGCGAGGCGCGACGCAUGGCUGCUGCGCGAGCUGCACGGGCGAACAGCGGCGGCAGCGCCGGCAGCAGCGGCGGCCUGACGAGUGAUAACAGCGGGGAGGUGGGCGCAGGUGGAGGUGGCGCGCCGGCAGUGCUUGUUCUGGCGCCCAAGGAGGGUGCGGAGGCCGGAAAGGAGGCGGCCGGGGGAAAGGCGGGAGAAAAGGAAGGGACAGCGGCAGCGCCUGGUGGAGGCGCGGGGGCAUCGGCGGCGGCUGCAUGGAUGCGUGCCGCGGGAGGGGUGGGCAGCGGAGGCGCCGCCGCUGGGGGAGGUGCAGGCGGCGGCGGCGGCGUUCGUGCUAAUCGACUACGUUGGGCUAUGGAAGAUGAUGAGGACGCGAAGCCAGCAGCAGCUGCUGCUGCUGCUACCGCUGGUGCUGCUGCUGCAGGGGCGGCGGCGGCUGGCGGCAGCAGCAGCGCUGCUGGCAGUGGCAGCCUAACGGCGCAGGCGGCGGCGGUAGCGGCCUCAGACGGGGCUUCUGCGGCAGCUGAUGGCGGCAAUUCGGCGACGGCAGGCGGGCGGCGUUCCGUCAAGUUUGCAUCUCCACGCAGCAGCGGCGCCGCGACGGACGUCAGCGGCCCGCCAGCGGCUGACGGCGGCGCGGACUCCGCCACCGCCACCGCGGCGGCAGGCGCCGCUGGCGCCGCUUCCGGUAGCCCUGAUGGAAAUGGCGGCGCCGCCGCCGCCGCCAGCGGUCCCAGCGCAGCAGCAUCUGGUGCUGCCGCUGGCGUCGCCGCCGCGGCGACUCCAAGCACCCAGCCUCUGGAGUCCGUUUCCUCUGCCCCCGUUCCUUCAACUCCAGCAGCAACAGCAGAUGCCACGCCGCCACCGCCGCCAGCGCCAGCAUCCGCGCCGGCGACACAGCCGCCGUCGGCGGCUAAUUCAGGCGGCGGCGGCGGCGGCGGGAACUCUGCCUUCAUCGCCGCUGUCAACGCGGUGACCGGGCAUGCCGCCGCCACACCCGCCGCUUUCACCGCCGCCGCCGCCGCUGCAGGUUCCGGGCCGCUUUCCGUCUUGUCCGCCGCCAGCCUCUUCCUUUCCGCCAUCCAGGGAGGGGUCAGCAGUGCACGCAACAUGCGCAACCGCGUGGUGCCGCAGGAUGCCGCGCUCGCGACUGCCGCCGCCGCCGCGGCGGCGGCGGCGCACGCCUCCGCGGACGGCGCUGAGUCUGGCGGCGACGAGGCUGUCUCGCAGGAGGUCCCGAUCACGCCUACUGACGGUCAAGCCGCCAGGUUGCAAGCGCUGCGUGCUAGCAUACCUCGCCGGACGUCGUCCCUCACGCUCGGCCCGGCGUCACCGUCACGGGCAGCUGCCGGCAUUCCGCUGCCGCAAAUGCCCGCGGCACCGGGGGCCCUUCCGGGCGCCGUCACGCCGGGACGUGGCGCCUCGCGACUCCGCAACUUCAGUCACACGCCGUCGAUCCUAUCCAAGGCAACGACUCCGGUCUCGCCGCCGGUCGACGCGUCGGCUGAGUUUGCGGGAGGAGCGCUAGAUCCAAACGCCGCAGCGGCGGCAGCGGGCCUUGACGGCAGCGGCGGCGGCGCCGCCGGCGCCGACGUCAAUGCGACGGCGGACCUGGCGUCAUCGGUUCCCAUGCUGGCUCGCAUGCGCAAGGUCUCUGACGUCAUGACGUUCCUCAACGCCGUCAGCCGCUCUGGUGGCGGCGGCGGCGUUGUGGGUGCCGGGCUGAACGGCUUGCCUGGCGGAACGCUGACGUCACCGGCGGCGGCGCUGACACGUUCUGGCGGUGCCAGCGUAGGCUCCGGAGGCGGCGGCAGCAGCGCCCCAGGCAGCGGCGGCGGCGCCGCCACCGCGGUAAACUCACCUGUCGUACCGCGUACGGUAACCACGCUGGAGCUGCCGCCGGGUCCUGAAGAGGACACCUCACCAGUCCCCACACCCUCACCCCAACGCACGCACUUCGCGCAGCAAAUGUCAAAACAGCGCUCCGGCGGCGGUACCGGAGGCAACAGCAGGACGCAAAGCACCGACGGCAGGAACUUCAUGCUCGGCGGCGGCGGCAGCAGCGGCGGCGGCUCCAACGGAUCUGCCGCAAGCUCCUUCGCCGCCAUCGUCAGCGCGGCGCAGGCACAGGCGGGCGGAACGGCGGCUCCGAUGUCACGCAGCCUGGGUAGUGGCAUGUCCUCCUUGUGGCACCGUUUGAUGCAGUCCAAAUCUAAUAAGGACAAGGACGGAGACAGCAGCGACGUGGAGGGGGCUGGAAGCGGCGGCGGCGGCGGCGGAGGCAGCGGCGGCGGCGGCGGCGGCAGAGGAAGCCGUGACAUCCGCCGGCGGUCGGUCACGACGGGCGCGGUACGCAGCGGCGCUUCAUUCUUCGCUACCGGUAACAGCAACCGCAUCCAAGACGUGGAAGCCGGCCUUGCAAACCAGCAGCAACAGCAGCAGCAGCCGCAUCACGUGCAUGGAGGUGGUGGCGGCGGCGGUGGCGGGGGCAGCGGCGGCGGCAGCGGCGGGACUGCGACGACGGGCCGCAUGGGGUCCGUUUCCGCGGGCGGCCCCGUUCAGAGCUCCCGUCUUGCUUCCCUAACCGCCGGUGCGAACAUGCGGGGCGGUCGGGAGGCGAGGGAGGGGCCCGGAGGCGGCGGCGGAGGGGGCGGACACCACCACUACCAGCACCACCAUUCCAGGGGUGGCGGCGGCGGCGGUGGUGGUAAUGCGUUGGAGUUGUUGUCCGGUGGGGCGGUGUACCAUGGUCAGCAUCCGCUGGGUCCGGGCAUUGUUAACCUGGGCUUUGGGUGAGGGGCGGGUGGCGGCGGUUGUUGGCGGGUGAGUAGUGGGUGAUGAUGUGUGUGGAGAGGAAGGUGUGGAUGGAAGAAUGGGGAGUUUUAUGGUCAAGAUGGGGGAGCAGAGGGGUACGCUAGGGGCUAAGGGGAGAAGGACCAAGCCUGCGGCACUGGGGAGCACUAGUUGGAAGGAAGAGCUGGGACUCGUGUGACUCCAAGCGUUAGGUAUGUUGGGAAGAGUAAACAUGCACGGAAUGCGUUAGUACGGGUGUUGGCGCAUGACAGUGUGGGCCGGGGUUUAGAGUGUAGGUUACUCUGGGGGCUCAGGGAUGUUCAAAAAUGCUGAGCGGGUGGGCAGGCGCUGCGGCAUGCAAGUUAGGAAGCCGGUUACGUACGUUGCGUUGCGUUGCAGCACUAAAGGAAUGAGAUGUGACACAGAACGAUAACGGUACCUUCUUGUGAACGCACGAGCUGUGUGUUAAACAAACUGGCUCUCAAGACCGGUUCGGUCGACGGCGGAGGCUUCCGCUAUUUUGUGACCCGUGGGGCUGCAGGUUGCUGUUGUUGCUAGAUAUGUUUGCGUGGACGGAUGAAGUUCUUGCUUGUUAGGAUAAGGAACCAUACCGAGCCCCGUACUCAACGAGUAGGAGGAGGUGGCGGCUGUAGUCUAUGGGAGACGUACGUCGCAGAGUGGUGACGGGGCCAAAAAGGGUAGCGCACGUACGUGCGUCCCUACAUGCCUCGUAACACCCCUGGUAGAACGGUUAUCUUACACGCCAAAACUAAAUGUGGCGUAGGGUUAGCCCGUCUCUAAACCCAUCGUGACCCCACUCUGGAGCGCUUCCCUCUCGCGCGCUGGCUUGGCUUUACAUGGCCGCGUCUGUCCGUUUAUUCACUUCUCAACAUCUUCCGCGUUGUCUGACGCUCAUGCGUUGCAAACAGUUGUGCGCACGAGCCGUGCGUGCCCCGCAUUGUCAGAUUUGUCACCGUUCGCUAAUUGGAUGGUUAGGCCAACCUAACCCUUCGGGGCGUUGUUGGGGAGCCUAUGGGGCCGUGGGUCGAGAGACCUGUGCGCGGGGGGGUGGGGGUGAGGGAUGCGCAUUCCGGUUGGGGAGGUGUUUUCCUAUGGCGUGGUGGUUCAUGCGGUUUAGGUUGGAUAUUGUGAAGGUUGCGACAUAAGACUGUCGUUCGCGGUGCUUCACUUGCACUGAUUUUAGUAAUGGAUGCUGAUGUAUGGAUGCAGCGCAAAGUAGGGGGAGUGCCGAGUUGAUACUCGUUGUUAAUGACAGAGUGUUUGCUGGCGCUUGGGCGCUACAGCCGCCACCGCGGAUGAACGGCAGCAGCUUUAGUUACACGUACUGGUGCGCUGUGAUAGACCGCGCUGUGUUACUGUUGUUCUGUGUGGUAUGCGAAUCUGGCAGCCAACGAAUGCAUUUAUGUAUAUUAUAUGUGUGUGUGAUUGUGUGGAAUGUGUAGGUGCAUGGUGAGAAGAUGCCCGGAUGAGUAAAACACGACCGUGCAUGACUGGGGGGUGACACGGCGCUUAGGAAAGGCGGUUUUUAAUGGGAGGUGGACCAAAAGGGAUAUGGUUGUACGCUUGGCGCCAACCGUGGUUGGAUUGUGACAACAAACGACUGGGCAUGCUGAACUAGGAGGGCUUUUUAUGUAUGGUAGGCUGGUUGUUACUGUCAGGAAGUAGGCUCGAAGGGCACUGGAGGGAGGUAAGGCAGCGCAGGGGCUGUAGCGGGCUCGCCCAUGCAAGGGACGAGGAAGGGAGGGGGAUUCAGCUACGCACUGAUGUUUACGGACGUUCGACAAAUACCUGCAUGCAUGCAUAUUUAAUUAGUUAUGACGGCUCAUAUAUCCUGCCGGACUUUCUUGUAAGGACCCCACG